AUGCCAAGUGCAAUACAGUAUUUUUCUGAUUUAGAUUCGUUGCAUCAUGUUUCAAACAAUUUUCUAAGGCCACAAUCAGCAGUUUCAUUAUAUUAGAAUAAAAAGAUAAGUAGCUCAACAAUGGUGGAUAAUAAAUAAGUCAGUGACACAAGAUUGACUGAUCCACGAUUAACACCAAGAUAUAUAAAGAAAGAUAAAGAGGAAUUGUACUCAGAUUUGUUGCUAUUAUAAUAAAAAUAUAAUUAAUGCUAAGAUGAAAAUACUAAAUUAAAAACUUAAAUUUCGUCAUUAGAAAAAUAAGUUAUUCAUUUGACAGAUUUAGUGAGAAAUGUUGAAAUGUUCUGCAACAAGAAAACUAGUCAUUUCAAUGAAUUUUAGUUAAAAAAACAAAUUCAGGAUCUCAAAUCUAAUCUCAAAACUAAAGUGUAAGAAUUAGAAUCAUUAAAAUAAAAUGUUAAAACUACUAAAAUUGAUGAAAUUAGAAUUGAAUUAUAAGAAUCUCACAUCGAAUGUUUAAGAUUAAGAACUAUGCUUGAUCAAUAAAUACGAUAAUAAGUGUUGUUUAAUUAUAAUGAUCAUACAUUGAUUGAAGAGAAAUUGUACAUACAAAGUCAAAUGAUGAAUUAAUUAAAAACAGAAAAUGAUUAAAUGACAGGAUUACUUAAAAUCCAAGAAGAAGAAACCUAUUAUUACAAGAAUUUGUUAGCGGAAACCUUAAAAACAGUAAGAAGGUACGAAGAAGCAAUUGAAGAUUUGCAUAAGAAUCUAAAAGGUAAAAAUUAAUUUAUGGAUAAAUUGGCUUAAAAAAUAGAAGCUUUGAAAAGCACUAAUAAUGGAUUAGCUGAUAGAGUAGUAAAGGUGGAGGAUUUAAAAGAAGAAAUUCGACUUUUAAAGUGUACAAUAGAAGACUAAAAUAAAUAAAUUCAAAGUGUCCUAUCUGAUAACGAGUAUCUUAAGGGAAUGGUUCAUGAAUUAAAAAUUAAAAAUAACGAGAAAUCAGAAAUAUAAGCUAAAGAAAAGAAAGUAUUACAAGAUUAGAUUGCUAAAAUAUCAAGCUAAUAUGAUCUUUUAGAUGAUAAAUACAAAAAUUUAUUAUUAAUUUAAGUUUAGGCUAAAAAUAAAGAAACUGUUUAAUCUUCAUUGAUUCAUAAGAAAGAGCAAACUGUAGGUUUAACUCUUAAAAAUAACAAUGAUAGCUUCUAAUAACAGAAGAUAUAUGUCCCUAAAAAAUUAAGAGCCAUCAAAACGAAUGAUAUUUUACAUAUUGGAGAAGAACUAAAUUACAGAUUUAGAGUAAAGGAAAUAAUAUUAAUUGAUGUAAUAGAAUAAUUUCUAUUUGAUGAUGACAACAAAAAAGAAAAAAAAGUUAGUAUUAAGCAAUUACAAAAAAGUUUCGAAAAAGAACCAUUUAUGUUAUUUGAAUAAGAUAAAGCAUUAACAUUUGCUCGUUUCUUAAUAGAAGACAACUCCUAGGAAUUUGUAGAAUUUAACAUUGAACUUACUGAAAAUUUGGAUAGAGUGAAAAGCAUAUUUACAAAAAUAGUUGGCAAAUAUAGAAUCUUUACUCCUGAUGAAGAAAUGAAGCAUAAAGAAGAUAUUACGAAACUUAUUAUCAAAUAUAAAAAUUCUCUAAAAUAACAUUUUGAUUCUCUUCAAAGUACUAAUGGAGAAUUAACUAAAAGAUAAAUAUUAGAAACUUUUAUCUUUAUGGACAUUGAUAUUAAUAAUUCUCAACUUGAAUACUUUUUCUUAAAACUAUUUGUUUUUUCAAACAAGAUUGAUAGAUUUCCGUAUUAAAAGAUCUUUGAAAUAUUCUAAUAGACUUAAACUGCAUCAACUCCCCAUCUACAAAGGAAGGAAACUUAAAGAAAAAAGGCUGCCACUGAAUCAAACAAGCAACCUGUAUAUGUUACAAAGAGUCUAUUCAAACAAGUUGAAGGUACUAAUCUAUAAUAAGCUUGA